AUGCCUCCUAGCAAUCCAUUACCACCUAAAGAAAAUGCCCUUUUUAAAAGAAUUUUGAGAUGCUAUGAACAUAAACAAUACAAAAAUGGGUUGAAAUUCGCGAAGCAAAUACUGUCUAAUCCAAAAUUUGCGGAGCAUGGAGAAACGUUAGCAAUGAAAGGAUUGACAUUAAAUUGUCUUGGUCGCAAGGAAGAAGCGUACGACUAUGUACGUCGUGGUCUACGUAAUGACCUGAAGUCUCCUGUGUGCUGGCAUGUGUAUGGAUUACUCCAGCGAUCGGAUAAAAAGUAUGAUGAGGCUAUCAAAUGUUACCGUAAUGCACUCAAGUGGGAAAAGGAGAAUAUACAAAUACUCCGUGAUUUGUCAUUGCUGCAAAUUCAGAUGAGGGAUUUAGAAGGAUAUAAAGACACAAGAUAUCAGUUAUUUAUGCUGAGACCAACACAAAGAGCAUCUUGGAUUGGGUUUGCUAUGAGUUAUCAUCUCCUUGGUGACUAUGAAAUGGCAAACAGCAUCCUAGAUGCAUACCGCACUAAUCAAAUGAAGGGACCAUAUGAUUAUGAGCACUCAGAAUUAUUGUUAUAUCAGAAUAUGGUGUUGGCAGAAUCAGGGCAAUAUGAGAGAGCCUUACAACAUUUACAGAAGUUCCAAAGUCAAAUUCUUGAUAAGUUAUCCAUCAAAGAAACAUCUGGUGAAUAUUAUUUGAAACUCAAGAGGUACAAGGAAGCUGAAGGAGUUUAUGAGGACUUGUUAAAGAGAAACCCUGAAAAAUUUAUGUAUUAUCACAAACUUAUUGAAGCUAAGCAACUUAAUCACGCUGAUGAAAAAGUGGCCUUUUAUGAUGUUUAUAAAAAUGAGUUUCCAAAAGCAAUUGCACCACGAAGACUGCAAUUGGCGGAAGCGCAGGCGCUGCCGGUGUUUGAACGCCUUGUUGAUCAGUAUCUGAGACAUGGUCUGCAUAAAGGAAUACCUCCCCUAUUUGUAGAUUUGAGGUCCUUAUAUGACGAUACAAACAAGGCAGACGUAAUAGAAAAGCUAGUUUUACAAUACAUAGAAAAUUUAUCUAAGUUGGGUACAUUUAGUUCGGAGUCAGAUGAAGUGAAGCAGCCUGCCAGUGCAUUGUUGUGGGCUUAUUAUUAUGCAGCGCAGCACUUUGACCAUAAGAAGGACACAGAUAGAGCCUUACAUUAUAUAGAUGCUGCGAUAGAACAUACUCCUACACUUAUAGAGUUAUUCAUAGUUAAAGGAAGAAUAUAUAAGCACGCUGGGGACCCCGUAUCAGCGUACAAUUGGCUGGAGGAGGCGCAGGCAAUGGACACAGCGGACCGCUACGUAAACAGUAAAUGCGCACGUUACAUGCUGCGAGCGGGACACGUGAAGCGAGCGGAAGAGAUGUGUGCAAAGUUCACUAGGGAAGGUGUUCCCGCGACUGAGAAUUUGAAUGAGAUGCAGUGCAUGUGGUUCCAGACGGAAGCUGCGGCCGCGUACCAGCGGCUACAUCAAUGGGGCGAAGCACUAAAGAAGGCUCAUGAGGUGGACCGACACUUCUCCGAGAUAAUGGAGGACCAGUUCGACUUCCACUCAUACUGCAUGCGCAAGAUGACCCUCCGCUCGUACGUCGGCCUGCUUCGGCUCGAGGACGUGCUAAGGUCUCACCCCUUCUACUUCCGCUGCGCUUGCGUCGCGAUCCAGGUGUACCUCCGCCUGUACACGCAUCCCCUCCAGGACAUACCGCAGACAACCGAGCCAGAUACAGGU